CCACCCAGUCUCUACUUGGGCAGGAGCCCGGAUCCCAGGCAAUUCGAGCUUCUUCUCGCGAAACUGAGAAUUUUGUUCUACGAGGGUUAAAGGGUCGAUAACCUUCGAAAUGAAACCCUUACUCGCUGUGACGAGUGGAAAACUUGUACCAUCCCAAACAAUGUUCGGGGGUGAGAAUAUCACCACCGGAUGAGGGUGCACCCAAAACUUCUCUUGGUCUGAAAUGGUACCGCCUCAAAAUGUUCACCUAAAGGAGGGAAGGCAAAGUUUCAAUUUCGUAAAGAAACGGCUCGCCCUUGCCCUCCAAAAUUUCACUUCCCAAAUCCCAGAGGCGCCAUUUCCAAACUAUAAACUCUUCUACCAUCGCCCCUCGUCUUCUCGCCCUACCGUCCCUCGAAUCACAGAAUCUCUCUCGCCCCCAAUCCUUCUCCUUAUCAUCUCCGAUCCCAUGGCCGUCCCUUCGAGCUCCUCCGCCAACAGUGGCAACAACGAGGGGGCAAGAAGGAAGAGAGGAGCCUCGUCCCUUUCCACGGGCGCUUCCACCGCGGCUGCUUCGAAGCGGACCAAGAAUCCCGGUGUCCGGGUCGUUGGAGGGCGAAUCUACGAUUCCGAGCACGGGAAGACAUGCCAUCAGUGCCGACAAAAGACGAGGGACUUUGCGGCUGCCUGCAAGCAGAUGAAGAAGGACAAGCUCUGCACCAUUAAGUUCUGCCACACCUGCCUCCGCAAUAGAUACGGCGAGGAGGCAGAAGAGGUUGCCAAGUCGGAGAAUUGGAGCUGCCCCAAAUGCCGCGGCAUUUGCAACUGUAGUUUUUGCAUGAAGAAGAGAGGUCAGCAACCAACUGGAAUUCUCGUCCAUGCUGCCAAGGCAACUGGGUUUUCCUCCGUUUCUGACUUGCUGCAGAAAAAAGGAUUUGAAGUCCUGAAUGCGGCGAAUGUUAUAAGAAGUAUGAGUUCAAGAAAAUCCCCGUCUUCUAAAAUGGGGUCCGUCGCUCUGAAAAGAGGUGGUGAUAAGGAAAACUACCGCGUUGAGCAGAAGGUUGCUGACGGUGGUGACAAUGAACAGGAACUCCGUGUGAAAAAAGAAAAGAACCGCUUGAAGAAACUAAAGAGAGACACUGGUAGUGAGAAAACCACUGGAUGCGGUGAGGCUGUUGGGAACCAAGAGAAGGAAAACUUACGAGGAAAAGAAUUUAUUGAAGACUCAAGUAGUGCCUUGGAGAAAGAGGUGUUGCUAGAUGGUGACGAGAGACAAGCUUGCAGCAAUGGUGAUGAUACAAAAAUCCCAGUUAAUGGAAAUGCCAGUGAAUCAAAAGAUAAGCCUCUGCCAAAAGCACGGAAGUUUAGAAAACAUGGUACCAAAAAACUAUGUAAGCAUACUGUUGAAGAGACCGUGCUGCCUGAAGGCACUCCCUUAACAAAGGCCGGGGAUGUUGAAUUCCCUGUUGAAGAUGUUGGAGAUGCCUUACAGUUUCUGGAAUUCUGUAAAGCAUUUUCCAAGGUGCUUGAUAUAAAGAAAGGUCAAGGUAAAGCUAUUCUUCGGGAGCUAACAAGAGGACGUAUUGGGCGCCAUGCAGCAAAUUCAUUGAUUGUUCAGUUUCAUAUCAAAUUGUUAUCUCUCAUCCAAAAGAACAAGGGAGAGAGGCCUUUGUCUUACUCAACAAAAAGUGGAGAAUCAUGGAUGCAAGCUCUUAAAAAAUCUAUUACUGGGUCUCAAUGGCCCUUCAAGAAUUUUCCUUUGGAUUGCCUUAACAAUGGCCUAUUGGGAUAUGACAGUUUGGAUCCAUCAAAGAAGCUUAGAGUUUUGAAUUUUCUUUGUGAUGAGUCCCUUGGUACUGAAGAAUUGAGGCAUUGCAUUGACAAGGAAAAUUCAAAUUAUAUUGAAAGAAAAAAGGCAGCCAAAGAAAAAGUUCAAGCUGCUAAAAGAAAGGAAAAGGAUCUUAAGAAGAAGCUGAAGGAUGAUGUGGCUAAAGCAAUGCUUUCUUUGAAAGGAGCUCCUCUUUCACUUGCUGAGCAUGGUGAUCUUAUUUCAACAAUAAAGACUGAGACAGAGAAAAUUCAUGCUGAAAUGCUAGAGUCAAUGGAACUUUUACCCAAGAAGCAACAAAGACAAGAUGCCCUUCGGACUGAGCCAAUGCUUUUGGAAAAAAAUGGGCAUGCAUAUUGGAAACUGGAGGGUCAUUGCAGCAAUUCAAAUAUCAUACUUCAAGAUAUUAGGAAUUGGGAGUCCCUCGAGGAUAAGUGGUUUGCCUAUGAUGAAAAUGAAGAGAAGGCAGUAGAGAAACAUAUUUCCUCUUUAAGGAAGCUAAGACAUAGGAGGAAAUAUUUAGUGAAAAAAGCAUCAGUGGACGGUCAAGGGACAGAGUAUAACUCUUUAACCAAUUCACCAUCUCUAAAUUGCUGAGGUGAAGGCUUGCAAAGUUAGCACCAAUAUAUCUGCAUUUUCUGGAUGUGAUAGGUGGAUGGCAAAAUUUGUGCGCCGAAGCCCACAGAAAUGCUCUUGGAAGUUCUUUUAUGGAAGUAUUUUGGAAUGCUAUGCUCUCAUUGCACACUGGCCAUGUAAACUAAUCCUGUUACGUUUUAUCUGUUGGCUCUAGAACCCGAAGCUUUGUGAGCCGUCGGGAGAUGUUGUGCUGCAAUGUAUUUUGAUUUGUAUAACCAGAUACAGUCUUGGAUUCUUAAGGGCACACCAUCCUGCUUAUUUUGAUUCUUGGGUGGUGCUUUUGGUGGGGAACCAUUUUUGUAUUGUAUAACCAGACAAACGUGGAUUCUCAGGGGUUCAUCAUCCUGCAUAUUUUUACCUUUUAUGUGCACUUUCAAACACAUUCUUUUGAUGGGGCAAUUGUGCCAUGUAAAUGGUGUUUGUGAUAGCUCAAGGUUUGUCCAUCAUUCAAUUUUGUAAAGAACCAGUAGGAUUCUUCCUGGUG